AUGAAUGACCCUGUAAACUUUACAAAUGCUCUGGAGAAUAUGGCGGCUGCUAUGCAGGCAACAGCUGAGGCCGUUGGUCAGCAAGUUAAUAACGGAAACGGGGGUAAUGGCGAAAAUGGGCCGAUGACUUUAGCAACUUUUCUGAAGAUAAAACCACCAACUUUUAGAGGAACCACAAAUCCAACAGAAGCUGAAAAUUGGUUUCAGGCGAUAGAACGAGCUUUACAAGCACAACAAGUACUUGAAGAUCAGUGUGUUGAGUUUGCUACUUAUCAGCUGAUGGGUGAAGCUCAGUAUUGGUGGCAGGGGACCCGAUGCCUUCUACAGCGAGAUAAUGUUGCAAUCCCUUGGAAUGUAUUCCAAUCAGAGUUUCAUAAGAAGUAUUUCCCAAACUCAGUAAGAACGGCGAAAGAGCUUGAGUUGUUACAGCUGAAGCAAGGUCCUAUGUCAGUGGCAGAGUACACCAAUCGAUUUGAAAAAUUGUGUCAGUUCUCUAGGAUUUUUCAGGGUGCUCCGGGGGAUUUUGAAGAAUGGAAAUGCAUAAAAUAUGAAGGUGGUCUGCGGAGUGACAUUCUGAGUACAGUAGGCCCGAUGGAGAUCAGAGUUUUCUCUGAACUGGUAAACAAGACCCGAGUUACGGAAGAUUGUGCGAGAAAGGCUACAAUGGACAAGGGUGAUCACCGAGCUUUUGUUAGGAGAGAUCAACAGAGGAACUUUGUGCCUAGAGGAUAG